CAGAGAAGAGCAACAAGAACAAUGAAUGCUUCUGUAGUAAAUGCUCCCCAGGGUGUGUUGUCACUCAGGGAUGUGGUUGUGGACCUCUCACAAGAAGAAUGGGAAUGUCUAGACUAUACUCAGAGAGCUUUGUACAUGGAUGUGAUGUUGGAGAAUUACAACAAUCUACUUUUUGUGGAGAACCAUCACAUAUGUCUUAAGGGUGAGAAGGUCUUGCAUGAGGAGACAGAGCAUUUUAUCCAUGAUCAUGCAAGUAUCCAAGAGGAAACUUACAAAUGUAGUGAGCUUGUCAAAGUGGUUCUUGAAUCCUGCCUUCAUACACCUGAUGACACAAGUGAUCCUGUAGAAAAUUACAGUAAGUACAGAUUUGGAAACCACAGAGAUGCUUCUGUCUUAACCUUAAAUCUCAACAGACACAAAAAUGGGAAUGCUGGAGAAGAACCUCGCAAAUGUGAAGACUAUGUGACUUGUUUAAAUUUGUUUUCUGUCAUUAGCCAAAAUGAACGAUAUCACACAGGCGUGGAAGAACACAAAAAUGAUCACACAGGCGUGGAAGAACACAAAAAUGCAGAGUCUGAUAAAUCUUUUGUCUGUGAAAGAGAAAUGACACUGAAAGAAACUUAUAGUGGGAGGAAACCACACCAAUGCAGGAAAUGUGGAACAUGCUUCAAGACUCACUCCAGCCUCAUUAGGCAUCAGAGAACCCAUAUUAGACAGAAACCUUAUAAAUGUACAAAAUGUAGUAAAUCAUUUCUGCAUUCUUUACAACUCAAGGUACAUUACAAAAUCCAUGCUAGAGAAACAGUCUACUCAUGUACAGAAUGUGGUAAAUGUUUUGCUCAUAAAUCAAACUUUAGAAGACAUUACAGAAUACACACUGGACAGAAACGUUACAAAUGUAAUGAAUGUAACAAAUCCUUUUUUCGUUCCUCAUCUCUAAGAAUCCAUCAGAGAAGACAUACAGGAGAAAAACCUCAUAAAUGUAAUGAAUGUGACAAACGCUUUAUCACAAGCUCUCUUCUCAAAAGACAUCAGAUAAUACAUACAGGAGAGAAACCUUACAAAUGUAGUGAAUGUGAUAAAUCCUUUAACAUAAAAUGCAAUCUUAGAAAACAUUACAGAGUCCACACAGGAGAGAAACCUUACAAGUGUAUUGAAUGUGACAAAUCUUUUGCCCAUAAAUGCAAUCUCAGAAUUCAUCAGACAAAUCAUACAGGAGAGAAACCUUACAAAUGUACUGAAUGUGACAAAUCUUUUGCCCAGAAAUGCCAUCUUAUAAAGCAUCAGAGAGUACAUACAGGAGAGAAACCUUACAAAUGUACUGAAUGUGACAGAUCUUUUGCCCAGAAAUGCCAUCUUAGAAAUCAUCAGAGUACACAUACAGGUGAGAAACCUUACAGAUGUAGUGAAUGUGAUAAAUCCUUUACCCAGAAAGGGUCUCUUACAAAACAUCAGCUUAUUCACACAAGAAGAAAGACUUACUAAUGUAGAGAAUGUGGCAAACUUUUCGGUUGUCUUAGAAGACAUAUGAAAAGUCAUAUAGGUGAUAAACCUUACAUAAUGUGGUGA